CAAAAUUGCGCCAAAAUCCGCCAAAAUGUGACUAAUUGUGAACAGUCGUGUCAUAAGCGGGAGAUUGGUUCCGAUCCUCUUCUUGAGCUGCACAGUAACGGCAGCAGCCACCAUGGCAUCACGGACAGAACAAGCUUGCAUUGUUGUGGGCACGGGAUGCGACUGCGCCGAGCACCUGUCCGAGGGACACAGCAUAUGAAAGCUUGAAGAUGGGGUCAUUGUUCCUGUCCCGCUUCAAUACACACAACGCACGCACACGCACACACACACACACACACAACACAUACAUACACGCACGCACAACACACAUACAUACACGCACGCACAUGCACUCACGCAGGUUGUGACUGCCCAGCAACUGAACUCCUGUAACCCUUAACACCGACACUCUGCUUCAUCAGGCAAGGAUGAUGUCGUGCCUUACAGCGGUCGCUCAAGCAAAGGACUGGUCCCAACUCGAAGAUGUGCUUCGGAAGGACAGCGCAAACCUGGAUGUGAACGUCAGAGACAAAGACGGCAUGACGGCGUUGAUGUACGCUAGCUUCUAUGGGAAUGAGGGCUCGGUUCGGUUGCUUCUUGCACAUGGGGCUGACCCUAAUCUCACCCUACCAACCAGCGAGACGACGCCCUUGAUGUUUGCCAUGAUGUCGGGAAACGCGCAAGUCGUGAGUGCACUGUUGCAAUGCGGCGCGGACCCACACACGGUCAACAGCAAGAGACGGACAGCACUGGACAUCGGCGCUUUCACAGGAAACCGCAGCUGCUGCGAGGCGCUGCGAAAAUACCUUGGGGUGGACGCAUGAAGUCUGGAACAGACAAAUGGGACACACUCAAUGCGCAUCACGGGCUACAACGGUCAUGCAGCCGGUUGAGACCGAGGACGAUAGGGGGUUGAAAGAACUGGUGCACGUUACACCAUCAGUUGAAGAAAGGGAUACGUGGCAUACGAGGCGAGGAGGAGGAGGAGGAGGAGGAGGA